AUGGACAAGAAAUUAAAGGAGGAAGAGGACACCGCAAAAAUGGCUGAUUACAUCGCGCAACUAAGACGAAGCAGCCGGAAUCGAGAAUCGUACGACGAGAUCGCGGAACUCGAAGCGGAAUUGCGAAGAGCGUACAUGACGAAGGAACUUGAAGCGCAGCUCGUAGAAAGGGAGGCCGAGCGUUGCAUCGCGGACAUACGGAAACAACAAGCGGCGAAACUGAUGCGGCUCGAACAGCAGGCGGCCCUCGAGGAUGAUCUUCUCGAAAGAUCGGAGAAGGUGAAAAAAUCGGCAGAUUACGGGAAAGAGCUGACGGCGCAGAUGAAACGGAAAGAAGAGGAGAGGAAUAUGACGAUGGAGGAAGCCCGCGAGGAAAGGGAAGUUCUAACGGAAAUCGAUAGAAUAAGGGAGCAGCGCGAAAGAUCCAGGACACUGAAGAUGAAAAACGAACUGGCGAAUAGUAUCAGACGAGAACGUUUAAUCCUUGAGGAAAUGAAGCUAAUCCGUUGUCAGGAGAGCAUGGAAGCCGAGGCGAAGAAGGAUCUGGAGGACGAGGUGUAUUUGAGAGAAAUCGAUCAGAGGGCGAUAAAGGCGCGGCAGUUUCGCGAGGAACAAUUGGAGAAACGAGAACGUGUGAUAGACGAGAUUGCAAAGAUGUUGAUAAGCAUAGAGAUUCAGAAACGAGAGAAGGAAACGUUGAUGCACGAGUUGAUAGCCGAAGACGUGAAGUUCGAGUUGUCGGUGAGAGAAGAAGAAGAGAAGGUUCGGAGGAAGAGAACGAGGGAGGAAUUGGCGGCUAAUUUGGAGGAGCAGAUCGUUUUCACGGAACGGUGUAAGUUGCGCUUUGUUGAACGAGAUAGGGCAUUCGCGGAAGAAAUUAUGAGGAAGAUUAUGGAGGACGAGAGAACUGCCAGGCUUACCGCGCAGGCCAAACGAAGAAUGCAGUUGCAGUAUCGGGAAGACUUGACUCGGCUGAUCGAAAUUCGUCGGAAGAUGCGCGAGAAGGAAAUAUUAAAUAUGGAGGAGGCUGCCAGAGAAGAGACUAGGCGUGAAACGAUUAGAUGGCAGCGUGUUAGGGAAGAGAGGAAACGAUUGUUGGCGAAACAUGCGUCGAAUGUUGCUGAUUUUAUACGAACUGAACGUGAAGUUAAUUCGCAUGAACGAUCAGGGAGAAAUAAA